UACGACAAGUAUGCCCAGAACCAAUACAAUUCCCUCUUUGCUUCUGUCUCUAUCUUUCUCGGGCGAUUCGCUUACUUCGCCGGAGAAUUACGUCACUGAUCGGAUCAACACUGUUUCUUCGACGCCGAUUCAGUUCCCUAAACUUCCGGCAAGAUCUGGUAAUGUUGGAUAACUGUACGAAGAUUUGGAUUAAAGAAAGCUUUUCUCAAGAACUUUUGGGGUCAAUUUUGCAAUUUUUCUCCUUUAUGAAUUAAGGAUUGGGUGAGUAUGGAGGGGGGUAGUGCGAGAUCAGGGGGUAUAGUGAAGAAGAAAAGCUCAUCCGGGUGUUUGAUAAUUAAGAAGAAAGAUGAGAGAAUGGGUAUAGGGGGUGGAGGAGGGGGUGUGGGUGUGGGUUCUUCAAGGGCUUCACAGAAGGUGAAGAAGAGGCCAAGGUUGGUUCAGAGUGAUUCCGAGUCGAGUGAUGAAGAGUUAUUGGAGCCAAUUGGGAGAAGGGGUGGAGAGAAAUUUCAUAAUGGUAGUGUAAAAAGUGGUGGGGAAAGUAGAGAGCUCGGUAGGAAUGGGAAGAUUGAGAGUGAGAGGAAGAGAAGUAGGUUAGAUUUGUUUGAUUUCGACGAGUACGAUGAAUUCGAUGAGGAAAUGAAAUGGAAUGUUGCAAGAACUGGUGGGAGUUCUAGGGAGUUUGUAAGCGGUUCUAGUAGUAGGAGUAUGAUGGUUGAGAAGAGGAAGCAUUUGAAUAUUGAGAGUUCGAGUAACUUGUCGGGUAGCAGAGCUAAGGGCGAUGAGUGUGGUGUUAAGAAAAGGUACGAUUUAGAUGAGGAUGAAGCACAUAUGCCCAUUUCAUUGCUUAGGUUGAAGUAUCAGCAAUCGUCUCAAGAACCAAUCAGAUUGCAGGGGAAAAAUGGAGUGUUGAAGGUAAUGGUGAAUAAGAAGAAGAAGGUAGACCUAUCACACAAGGAUUCUGAUCUUGAAAGUAGGAAAGGUUCCAGGUCCGAAGAUGUUGUCAAGAAAGAUUUGCUAGGCCGAGCUUCUUUGCACUCGGAUUCUAAACGCCCUGAAAAACGACCAUUGUCUGUUAAAACAGAGCAGACUGAGCUGAAAUCACAAAAACCUUUCUUGGCAAAAUGCAUUAAGUCUGUAGACCGUGAAACAGAUGAGACUGAUACAUCACUUAAGUUGGCACCACCUAGUUCGCAGCCUGCUAGCUCAAAGAUGAGGGCGGUUAAGGAAGAAAGCAGGUCAGCAGCAGCUGAAGAUGUUACCCCUGCUAAAAGCAAAGAAGGAAAAUUGAAACAACGUGGGAGCAUGGAGAAGCAGCAGCUUCAGCCUGCUAGCUCAAAGGCCAGGGUCAUUAAGGAAGAAAGCAGGUCCGUAGCAGCUGAAGAUGUUACCCCUGCCAAAAGUAAAGGAGGAAACUUGAAACGAGGUGGGAGUACAGAGAAGCAGCAGCUGCGAGAGAAAAUAAGAGGAAUGCUUAUUGAAGCUGGAUGGACCAUUGAUUACAGACCGAGAAGGAACAGAGAUUACUUAGAUGCAGUGUACAUUAAUCCUAGUGGAACAGCAUACUGGUCAAUAAUUAAGGCUUAUGAUGCACUGCAAAAACAGUCAGGGGAAGAUUCAUGCAAAAGUAAAAUUGAUGGUGGCUCUAGUUCAUUUGCUCCAUUGUCUGAUGAGUUAAUCAAUAAGCUAACCAGGCAAACACGGAAGAAGAUUGAGAAAGAACUGAAGAAGAAAAGGAAAGAUGAUGCCAAGAACCGAGUUUACAAAAAGUCUGCUAUGCAAGAGUCUGCAGAGGACACAGAUGGUGAUCAGCAUGAGGAGAGGCUAAGUAGUUAUGUAAAGAAGAAAGGUAAGUUGCUGAAAUGCAAGUCUCAUGCAACAGAUCAGGAGAGUGAUGGUGAUACAAGUGGAAAUUCAUCAAAGGGAGGAAGAUCUAAGCAGGAUAUGUCUGGAAAAUCAUUUACUGGAGCUGCUUCCAGUGCAGUACAGGGAAGAAAAAGUAGGAUAAUUGGACGAUGUACAUUGUUGGUCCGCAGGUCGGAUAAGGAGCAAGAUUCUGAAGAUGAUGGCUAUGUUCCUUAUACUGGAAAAAGAACCUUAUUGGCCUGGAUGAUUGACUCUGGCACAGUGAAGUUAAGUCAGAAGGUUCAAUAUAUGAAUCGUAGGAGGACCAGAGUAAAGCUAGAAGGUUGGAUCACACGAGAUGGCGUCCACUGUGGUUGCUGUAGUAAAAUCCUUCCAGUUUCAAAAUUUGAGCUCCAUGCAGGAAGUACAUUGCGUCAACCAUUUCAAAACAUAAUAUUGGAGUCUGGCGUUUCCUUGCUGGAGUGCUUGGUUGAUGCAUGGAAUCGGCAAGAAGAAUCUGAACGCCAAGAUUUCCAUACUGUAAAUGUUGAUGGUGAUGAUCCUGAUGAUGACACUUGUGGUAUAUGUGGUGAUGGUGGGGACCUUAUCUGUUGUGACGGUUGCCCUUCCACUUUUCAUCAGAGCUGUCUGGGUAUACAAAUGCUUCCUCCAGGGGAUUGGCACUGUCCAAAUUGCACAUGCAAAUUUUGUGGGACUGCCAAUACUACUGCAGAGGAAGGUCAGGCAGCUGCAGAUAUGCUCCUCUACUGCAGCCUGUGUGAGAAAAAAUAUCACAAAUCAUGCAGUCUGGAUAUAAAUGCUUUACCAGCUAGUUCUAAUAAUCCAUCUGUAUCAUUUUGUGGGCAGAAAUGCCAAGAGCUGUAUGAUCAUCUGCAGAAGAUUCUUGGUGUCAAACAUGAGAUUGAAGCUGGAUUCUCAUGGUCCCUAAUUCAACGAACGGAGUUAGACUCUGAUCGUUCUCACCAUUCCUUUUCUCAACGGGUGGAGUGCAAUUCUAAGCUAGCUGUUGCACUGGCUGUUAUGGAUGAAUGUUUUUUGCCGAUUGUGGAUAGGAAAAGUGGCAUCAAUAUUAUUCAUAAUGUUCUCUACAACUGCGGCUCAAACUUUAGCCGGCUGAAUUUUCGUGGCUUCUACACUGCAAUCUUGGAAAGGGGCGAUGAAAUAAUAUCUGCUGCAUCCAUAAGGAUCCAUGGAACUCAACUUGCAGAAAUGCCAUACAUUGGGACCAGGAAUAUAUAUAGGCGCCAAGGGAUGUGCCGCCGGCUGCUGUCUGCUAUUGAGACGGUCCUCUCCACUCUAAAAGUCGAGAAGUUGAUUAUUCCUGCUAUAUCUGAGCAUAUGCAUACUUGGACGGUAGUUUUUGGAUUUAAUCCACUUGAGGAAUCAGAGAAGCUAGAAAUGAAGUCCAUUAAUAUGUUGGUGUUCCCUGGGACAGAUAUGCUUCAAAAGAGGCUACUAAACAGAGAGACCCUAGAGGGUGGUAAAAAUGCUGGUGACUCGAAACAUAAUGUUCCUCAGUUGCCUGCUUUGGUUGAAAAGGCUGAUCAGGAAUCCCUUACUAAGUGCGAUGGAAACUUGCGCGAUGAAGCCUGUAUAGAAAAAGUUGAUGACGUUGAUGCAAUAGAUUCUGAUUCUCCAGCUACUGCUGUCGAUUUAAGUGAUAGUGCCAUGGUUAGAGAAGAAAGUAAUGCAAUAGAUUCUGAUUCUCCAGCUACUGCUGUCGAUUUAAGUGGUAGUGCCAUGGUUAGAGAAGAAAGUACUCAUUGUGGAUCUCAUAUUCAAAUCUCCAGUCAGGAGGAUAAAUCUGUCAAAUCUAAUAUGGAGAAGAAGCUCGCUGAACCAACCACAAAAUCGAUUCCCUCCUCUCCUUCCGGUGCAAGUAUUGGAAACACUGAUCUGGGAGAUGCUGCAUUGGGUCCUUCCUCUGAAGUUGAUGCCCAGUCAUCUGAGCCAAUCCAUCAAAAAAUUUGCACAGAAAAUGACCAAACCACUUGUUCGAUAUUUGGUUUUGAUUCAUCAGAUGAAGCUUCUGCCAGAAACACGAAGGCAGAGAAACAGAAUGUGGUGGUUUCAGAUACUACCUCCAUUGAUGCCAAUGGGAAAAGUUUAUCGGCAGAUACCACAGAUAGUUGUUUCCUAGAACCUGCUGCACAAAGUGAAGUAGAAGAAAUAGACAAGACAAAAGUUUCAGUGUGUGUAUCUGCAACUUGUGCGAGUGCAAAGCCUGCCAUAAAUUUCUUCUCAGACACUACAAGUGGACCUGAUCCGCAGAAUGGGCUACAUGUUGCGGCUUUAAAGCAAACUUCUGAUGUUAAACAUCUUGGUGACUUAAAUAUUUCUGUGGAGGAGGGAAAUUUGGAUGCCUCUCCAAUUGGUGAUAAUCAUGGUGCUGAAGUUUCUUCUUCUAAACCUGCAAUUGACUCCUCAGGUGAAACUUCUUUAAAGCAAACUUUUGAUGUUAAACGUCUUGGUAACUCAAAUUUUUCUGUGGAGGAGGGAAAUUUGGAUGCCUCUCAAAUGUGUGAUGGAGUUGAUGUUAAUAAUGGUACUGAAGUUUCUUCUUCUACACCUGCAAUUGACUCCUCGGUUGAAGCUUCUUUAAAGCAAACUUCUGAUGUUGAAUGGUUUGGUGGCUCAAAUGUUUCUGUGGAGGGGGGAAAUUUGGAUGCCUCUCCAAUUGGUGGAGUUAAUAAUGGUGCUGAGGUUUCUUCUUCUAGACCUGCAAUUGACUCCUCGGUUGAAAUUUCUUUGAAUGCUGCUCUUGUAAAUAACACCGACUGUCAACUUGAUCUCUCUCCUGGAUCUCAAGCAUGUGGCUCCAGCUUGAACUCUUCCGAUGCCAGUGCUGAAGCAAAAGCUUCUUUUAAUGAGAAGAUUGUUCACUCUGAGCCCAGUCAGGCGGAAAGUCAUGAAGUAACUGUAGUGAGCAGUUGCAGCGCAACUGUUUAUUCUUCUGCUUAUGUUUCUUCUGCACAACGUGCUGCUGAAGAAACUGGGCAUGCUGCUGAAGAAACUGCAGUGGGCAGUCAGGCCGAAAGUCAAGAAGUAACUGUGUUGGGCAGUUGCAGUGGAACUAUUCAUUCUUCUGAUGAUGUUUCUGCGCAGCAUGCUCGUGAAGAAAAGAUUCAGACUGAGGUCUAGGUCUAUUGAUGCUAAUCAUACUAACAAUGCUACUUAAACAUUACCUUAGUCAACGGUAAGCUUUGAUGUAGGAUUUCAUACAAUGUCCCAUGAGGUUGUUUCUCUAGCUGAACUACCUUUUUGUGUAAUCAAGGUCAUUUGAUGUCCCUAAAGCUGUUUGGGUUUUGUCUAUCAAACCAAUUUUGAUUCUCCAGAGUGUCAUGUGGUAAAGGAAAAAUCAAAGGGAAAGGUUACUCAGCCAGGCUACAGAAAAAAGUAGUCCAGAUCUUGUGCAAUUUCUAUGCGGUCAUCCAGGUUGAAGGUGUUUGAAGGUUAUAACAGGUUUCAAUUGGAUGCUCACAAACUAAUGUCCUAAACCAGUUGAGAAAGUUGGACAGUAGAGACCCCUAGGGAGCUGGUGUAAUGGAAAUUGUUUGGCUAUACAAUUGCCAGCCUAUUAGAAAUAUCAUUGUCAAAUGAGUGAGUGAAUUGUAUCUCAUGGGUGGGGCAACAAAUUUUGUGACUGUACUCCAUUGAUGAAAGACUCGCGAAGAUUUUGAUUGUACAUAUGUAGUUCUGUGUAGAUCUUAUAUUCUGUUCCCAAGGUCCUCAGAGAUCCUUGUAAUUCAUCACUUGAAAUGAUAAUAGCACCAAAGUAUCCAAGUUUCAGGUUAACUUCUUCACUAUGUGAUCCCUCGUAUUUUGCUUGUUAGGACUGUGCGCCCCUCUUGCUAGCAACACAGAUUCUUUCUAUGUACAUAUUAUUUUACAUAUUGGACGGUUUUCUUAGUUCCUGUUGCUACCCGAAAGUUUAGCUUAUUGCUGCAGA